AUGGGGAUGGUGAGGAGGACCAAUGAGAGCCACCUAAAUGGUUUCAUCCUGUUGGGGUUUUCUGAUCAUCCUCAGUUACAGAAGGGUCUAUUUGUGGUCAUAUUGGUCCUGUAUCUACUGACAAUUUUGGGGAACACCACCAUCAUUCUGUUAUCUUGCUGGGAAGCCAAACUCCACACGCCCAUGUAUUUCUUCCUUUCUCAUCUCUCCUUCUUGGACCUCUGCUUCACCAGCAGUGUUAUUCCCCAGCUCUUGGUAAACCUGUGGGAUCCCAUGAAAACCAUCACCUAUUGGGGCUGUGUGACUCAGCUCUAUGUCUCCCAUGCCCUGGGUUCCACCGAGUGUGUCCUCCUGGCUGUGAUGUCCUAUGACCGCUAUGUGGCUGUCUGCCGACCCCUUCAUUACACUGUCUUAAUGCAUCCUCGACUGUGUCACAUCCUGGCAUCCAUGGCAUGGCUCAGUGGAGUGGUGACUACUCUGGUACAGUCAACACUCACCAUGCAGCUGCCCUUAUGUGGGCAUCGACAAGUGGAUCACUUCAUUUGUGAGGUCCCUGUGCUUAUCAAGCUGGCUUGUGUGGACACCACAUUCAACGAGGCUGAGCUCUUUGUGGCUAGUAUCCUCUUCCUUAUUGUGCCUGUGUCGUUCAUCUUGGUAUCCUAUGGCCACAUUGCGCAAGUGGUGUUGAGGAUCCAGUCAGUCAUUGGGAGACAGAAAGCAUUUGGGACCUGCUCCUCCCACCUGAUGGUCGUUGUCCUCUUCUAUGGAACCAUCAUCUUCAUGUAUCUGCAGCCGGCCAAGAGUAGAUCCAAGGACCAGGGAAAGUUUGUUUCCCUCUUCUACACUGUGGUGACCCCCAUGCUUAACCCUCUUAUUUAUACCCUGAGGAACAAUGAGGUCAAAGGGGCACUAAAAAAAAUUCUGGGGAACAUUCUAGGAAUAAAUAUUACAUGA